UUGUCUGUAUUAAGGUAUUAGAUUGUAUAAGUCAUACUGGUUAUAAUUUGGCUCCGAUUUUUUCUUUUUAUAUGCAAAUGUUUUGAUUGAUAUUCAGUUACUAGUUGCAGCAGUUUAUUCCUUUCUUAGCGAGAAGGAAUUUUCCUCUAUGUAUUCUGUAUGUUCAGGUAAUUUGCCCGUGGCUACACAGCUAGUAAUCCUGUUAGUUUGGCUCAAGAACACACUCUUUUAAUGAGUAUUUUAUACCACCUUUCACACACUCUCAAAAUCCUUUGCCAUAUAAUUGGAUUUUGCUUUUGAAGGCCUAAACAAUACCAAAUAUACAGUACCUUCAUGCUUAAAUGAUUUCUUAUCUAGGAGCAUUUUCCUGUACAUGAAGAGAGAAUUAAACCUUGAGUUGGAAAGCACACUUGGAAGACUUUCUCUGACCUAUAUUAAGCAAUCUUUAGCCAUCUUGGGGCAGCCUGAGAUGCUAUGCUUUCAGACAUACCAAUGUGAUGGAAAAAAAUAGACAUUGGAGUUGGACUGCCAUGUCCAAAUACUAGCUCUGCUGCUUACCAGUAGUGUGCCCUUGAACAAGUUACUCAGCCACUUUGUGUCUUUGUUUCCUUUUUGGCAAAGUGAAGAGAAUUAAGCACCUACUUAAUGAGUUUUUGAUAAAAACUACAUCAGGGAAUACACAUGAAGUGUUCAGAAUAGCUUGCUACUUGAAAUAAGAGCCAACAGGUAUGAAUCCCAUUCAACUUCCUGCUCCAUUACCUAAUUUAUAGGCAGUCCUAAUCCAUACCUAAUUAAAUGUUUUUACUUUCUCAGAAAACAGAAAAGGAUUGCUGAACAGUGUUGAGGCACAUUGGAGAUUUUGAUAGUUGUAGCAGUUAUUUUUGUCAUAUUCAAAAACUCUGCUCCCAUAGUAGAAAAAGGUGAGUGGUUAGAGGAAUCUAGGAUUUAGGACCUUGUGUAGCGCAGGAACGAUAGAAGAAAGGGUAAGUAAGGUGAAGGGAUUAGUUGAGCUGAUGUAGUACAGGGCCAAGGUUGAUUAGGGAGGGAAAUGAUGUUAGAAAACAGAAAAGGGUGGACUCAAGAGAGGAAUCAUCAUAAAGUUCAGAAGUAAGGUUGAGAGCGUUGCUGAUUAUGUUGCCUGGAUACCUAACCUAUUCUUGGUUGGAGAGACAGUUGUGAGGGGUAGGAUCCUGACUUGGAUUGGCUGAGGUAAUUAUUUUUUUCCCUGAUAAUUUUUUCAGCUCUAAAGUGUGCAUACUUGUUUUUGGAUCUGCCUCUCCUACCAAAGCCCCCAAAGAAUAGCAGUAACCCAUAGGAAUCAUGAAAUAACUUAUGAGCUGAACACGUAGAUUAUGUUCCCCUCUUUUCAGAGUAUAGUUGACAUCCAGUAAUCAACAAUAAAUAGAUUAAAAAAAAUCACAGUAAUAUUUUGUUUUCUAACUCUUCUCAUGCUUUUCUUCUUAGGGGCAUUCAUUCUUUCAAAUACGUAAUUUUUUUGGAAAAAGGAAUGAUUAAAAGGUAGAUAUAAUAUAGCAGAUGCUGAUGAUCUUAGAUUUCUUAUAUAAGAGGUCUUGGUAUUAUGUUUUUAUACAGCCUACCCAGGAUUAAUGAGCAUACCAUUUGCUUAAUUUGUAAAUUAGUUCCGACACUUUUUACACUUCGCUGUCCAUUCUGUGUCAGUUUUUUGAUGGGUUCAUUUAAGGCUACAUUAAGCUUUCUCAUUCAUGUAGAACCUAGUUAGGCCUUUUGGUUUAUCUCAUGGACAGAGCAUAAAGUACUUGACACAAUUUGAUCUGACAGCUUUACAGUUAUGUAACGUAGAACAGAAGCUUAAAAACAACAAAAAAGAGAGAGAAGUGAGGGAUUUAUCAUAGCAACCUGUAUUUCUCCCUGGAACUUUACUACCCUUCCCCUGCCUCUAAACUGUAGUAGUAGAACCCCUGGGAGACUAGUAAUUUACAUAGUCUUAAAUUAACCAAGACUCAGAAAAAAUUCGAAGUAUUUAGGGGUGAAAAGGUCUUUAGGAUUAUCCUGUCCAGUUACAUUACUUUACCAAUGAGAGUGCAGAAGCCUAAACAGGAACAUGGCAUUCCCUGUGGAUAUGCUGGAAAAUUGCAGCCAUGAGGAAUUGGAAAAUUCUGCUGAAGAUUACAUGUCAGAUUUAAGGUGUGGGGACCCUGAAAAUCCAGAGUGUUUUUCUCUUCUCAAUAUUACGAUUCCUAUUAGCCUGUCAAAUGUAGGCUUUGUACCUCUUUAUGGUGGAGAUCAGACCCAGAAAAUUCUUGCUCUCUUUGCACCUGAGGAUUCACUGACAGCUGUGGCACUUUACCUUGCUGAUCAGUGGUGGGCUAUUGAUGAUAUUGUGAAAACAUCUGUUCCUUCAAGAGAGGGGCUUAAGCAGGUGAGCACUCUUGGGGAGAGAGUGGUUCUGUAUGUUCUGAAUCGAAUUAUUUAUAGAAAACAGGAAAUGGAGAGAAAUGAGAUCCCAUUCCUGUGUCAUAGCAGUACUGAUUAUGCUAAGAUUCUGUGGAAGAAAGGAGAGGCCAUUGGGUUUUAUUCAGUUAAGCCUACAGGAAGCAUAUGUGCCUCUUUUCUUACCCAAAGUUACCAACUGCCAGUUCUUGAUACAAUGUUUCUAAGGAAGAAAUACAGAGGUAAAGAUUUUGGGCUUCACAUGCUGGAGGACUUUGUUGAUUCCUUUACAGAAGAGGCACUUGGCGUACGGUAUCCACUGUCUUCUCUCAUGUACACAGCUUGCAAGCAGUACUUUGAGAAGUAUCCAGGAGAUCAUGAACUCCUUUGGGAAGUUGAAGGUGUUGGACACUGGUACCAGCGAAUACCAGUCACCAGAGCAUUACAGAGAGAAACGCUUAAAAUACCAGCAGUUUCUCAAAAUGAACCUAAAAGACCUAUGUCUGGAGAAUAUGGUCCUGCAUCUGUUCCAGAAUAUGAAGCAGGAACUGAAGACAAUCAGUCUAGUGAGAUGCAGCUAACUAUGGAUUCUUUAAAAGAUGCCUUUGCAAGCACUUCUGAAGGUCAUGAUAAAACAUUUGUUUCCACUCGUACUCGAAGUAGUAAUCUAAAGCGGCCGAAGAUUGGAAAGCGGUUUCAGGAUUCUGAAUUUAGCAGUUCUCAAGGUGAAGAUGAAAAGACUUCCCAGACUUCACCUACAGCUUCAAUAAACAAAUUGGAGUCUACUGCACACACCUCAGACAGCCCGGAAGAAUUUCUGGAAGAAGAACCCGAACUGAGAGGGAUUGAAUUUGAGGAUGAAAGCAGUGACAAAGAUGCAUGGCCAGCACCGGAAACCCAGCCAGAGCAAGAGAAGCAAGAUGGUGAGAAGGAAUCUGAAUUAGAGCCUAUGAAUGGUGAGAUAAUGGAUGAUUCUCUUAAGACCUCAGUUAUAGCAGAAGAGGAAGACUCCACUAGUGAAGUUCUAGAUGAAGAAUUAAAAUUGCAGUCUUUUAAUUCCAGUGAAGACCCUACAAAUCUUGUUCCACUGGUGGUAGAAUCUUCAAAAGUCCCUGAAGCAGAUGCAUCAGAUAAGACCCCACAUACAGCUGACUCAGAAAUGAUGGAUGAAGGCACAUCUGAUGAAAAGGGGCACACAGAAGAGAAACUGUCCCUACUUCCAAGAAAGAAAGCACAUCUUGGGAGUUCAGACAGUGUUACUACUAUGUCAAAUGAAGAACGAUCUGAUGGUGGUUUUCCAAACUCUGUGAUAGCUGAAUUAUCUGAAGAACCAGUCUCUGAGAAUUUAUCUCCCAACACUACUUCCUCAUUGGAAGACCAGGGUGAGGAGGGGGUAUCUGAGCCCCAGGAAACAUCUACUGCUGUUCCUCAGAGUUCCUUGAUAGAGGUUGAACUUGAAGAUGUGCCAUUUUCACAGAAUGCAGGACAGAAGAACCAGUCAGAGGAGCAGUCUGAAGCAUCUUCUGAGCAACUGGAUCAGUUUACACAAUCAGCAGAAAAAGCUGUGGAUAGCAGCUCAGAGGAAAUAGAAGUGGAAGUGCCUGUGGUAGACAGGCGGAAUUUAAGAAGAAAGGCCAAAGGGCAUAAAGGACCUGCUAAGAAGAAAACUAAGUUGACCUGAAGGAAGAAGAAAUGCAGAUGAUAAACCAUCUUCUUUGUAACAUAAUUGUUGUUUUUAAAAUAUGGUAAUUAAUAAAUAGCAUGGGGCACAGCACAAAAAUUUCCAAAAUUUCAAUUUGAACUUAUUUACUAUGCAGUUUUUUGCUUCCCUUUAGAACGUAGAAUUCACCAUUCCUUUAAUUUUUCAGGCUAUUUUUGGUAAAUGCAAUUUUUUAUUUUUAUUAAUCAUGUUUCAAUUUUGGGAAACCAGAUCAUAUUAUAUUUUAUCAGGUGGUACAUCUGACCAUUAUUUCAAAAAUAUAAUUAAAAAACUGAAAGUAGCAGCAUUUCCAUUACUUACAAGGAUCACAGAAAUCUUUUAUACUAAAGGUUUUAAUAAAGUAAAACUUGGUGAGGGUUCUCAAAGUUUUAAAUUUCAAAACUAAUCACCAUUUUAAAAAAUGUUGGCAUGCCUAAACGAGUGUCAGUAAAUUACAAUAAAUAUAACUUCAAGUAAAUGAGAGCACAAAAACAAACUAUGGUCAAAGGUUCAUGAAGAUACUUUGGUUUUGGCCUCUAGUUUUCUUCCCUCUGAUUUCAGCAUCUAUGGAAAGGUACACAUAAACUGUUUCUGAUUCAUUCUAUCAUCUGAUGUUAACAGUACUGUCAGGGAUUUAACUGUGGCAUGUGGGGACUAAUAACAUUUAAAAUUUCAUUUGCAGUAUUAGUUUGCUAUAGUUUUUUUCUGUCUGCAUAUGUGCAGAUGCCUAGAAGUUUAGACUCCAGUUUCACCUUUAAUCAGGUAAAAAUCCCAAGUAAUAUAAUUUAGGGACAUAGUUUAAUAUUGACUUCUGGCCUGAUCAAGAUUAAGAUUAAGCUGGAGAUUGUACUUUUAUCCCCACUCAGUUAACAUGUAUAUUUCAGAAAUGUGAGGCUUCUUCCUGAGGCAUCUCUUUAGAUCUUGCCACCUCCCUAAUUCUGCAGUCUUAUUUAUAUUUCCCAUAGCGUUCAUCCACUUCUCUCCAACUCAUGGAGUGAUUCUCCAAUCAACAGUUUCCUGCCUGCCGGCUUAUGCCUUUGAUGUCCAUAUUUGGGUAGGUUUGGAGGUGCAUCCCACAAUAUUAGACCUAUAUGGCAGGAGUAAAACUGCCUUGGGGAGCUAUAGUUACAAGGGCUUCAAUCAGAUUAGAGGCUUCAGUCAUCCUUUUGAUUUGUUCUGUGAGUACUGGUUGCCCGCUAGCCUGUUAAGUGUAUAUUGUGUUGCCAUAGCAAAGGCCUAGGAAAAUUUGAAAAACCCUGAACUGUUAAUUUUUAUAUAGUAAUUUAUUUAAAAAUGAACAAAAUGGUAACUCUUAGAAUCCAAAGAUAAUCUCAAAACAGUUCUACUAUUUGGAAAUAUUACACGUACUCACAUUUGCCCUUAAGUUGGAGAAUAUUUUGAGACCAUUUAGAUUGUUUUACAAAUAGCUUGAUCUUGAUCCUUAUGUGAAAGAAACAUUAUGACUUUGUGUCAUUAUUUGAGGUAGCAAAGGAUUGAUGUUGAAAGCUUAUUCAGUUUAUAUAUAGUAAGCUGAUGUCACGUCAGUAAAUUUUGUUUUGGGAUGUUGGUAUUUUCAAUCUAAUUAGUUGAGUUAAAAUCUAGCAGUCAAAAUAGUAAACCCUCCUAUUUGUGUUAGAUUUUGAACACUUCUAUUACUCUAUAUUUUCUUUAAUUAAUUGGUCAGCGGUAAGCCAGAUUGUUUCAUUCUAAAUGAAAAUUCAAGCACUUUGGCCAUUUUCUUCAACAAACGCUAAUAUUAAGUGAAAAAAAAAAAAGAUAUUAGUGAAUCUACCAAACAUUUAUGCUGUUUUAUACAUUUUAUGAGAAAUUCCUGUCAGUAUCACAAAAGGAAAUGUCCUGUUAAGAUUCAGUAAAUUCUUAACCCUUACAGUUUUCAUUUCUUAGAUU